AAGGCCGUUGUUUCAGGUCGGAUUGUUGUUCUAGACGGAACGUGGAGCAACCGCUGACGCAGAAAGAACCUACCUAGCAAGAAUUUUGGCGUGAAAACCCGCAGCAGGGAAAUAACCACGGACUCCGGCCGAGUCACGGACGCUGUUUCCCCACACUGUGCAUAGUUUAUGAUGGAAAAAGAAAUUUCUGAAUUACGUGGCCCUGCUCUUACCCUCUCCACUCUGCGCCUGCUGGUGUCUCCAAUUCGGAUCGUGUCUGCUGCCAUCUGGCAGACUGUGGAGCAGAAAAUAGUGUCGGAUUAUGGGCUGCUGGAGGAGUUUGUGUUUAUGGUGACGGAGAUCGUUCCUCAGCUUCUCUCCACGAGGCAGCGAGCAGAACUCAUUUUGGGCCUCCGAGCGCGACUCAUCCUGGAGCUGUGUCGCUCUGAUGAGACGGCCAACAUCCAAAUCAUUCAGCCACACCUGGAUCGAAUGCACAGCCUCAAAUCUCUGUGGCAUGUAGAGUUUGAAGCGCAGGAACCAUCGAACUCUCACUUCAUGCGCCUCGUCCAAAACUUGCUGAGAGAUCCAGAAGAAAGAACCAAUUUUUUCCAGGAUGUUUUCCCAGGAGACUUUGGGCCUACCUAUGACAAAGCUAUCCAGACACUGAUGUGGCUUUUUCUAUCCCGACUUGAAAAGCUUCUUCCUCACCACACUCUGCCGCAGAUCGCGUCGCUGCUUGGUGACACCUCCUCUGUCCUUAAUGAAUACUUGGAGACUUGCAUUCAACCGGAUGAACUCAAAGUCAUGUUGGACUCUCAGAAAGAUCUCCUCCAACUAGAAGAUAUUGAGUCGUACGUUGUUGACAGCAGCAUAUUGUCGGCCCUGUGUCUGCCUCCUGUGGAAAGAGUUGUGAUCGUCAAUGAGCAGACGGGCCCAGAUGCAGAGAGUAGUCUGGUCUACACCGUAUGCACAGAGAUGGAGGUGGAAUCCGAAAACAAAGAGGUGUACGUGGAGGGAACCGAGGCCUCGGAAAGCGUUCCCACCCAGUGGUUUGGUGUUGGUGAGGAGCUGAAACCAGAGAUGGACAAUGCUGUAGUCACAGACCCCACUGUGGAGGCUCCAACCGACGGGGAGCAGGCGGCACAUGACUGCAGCAAUAAACAGUCUGGGACACUGAUCAUCGGUGAGGACGGCAAGGUGACUGAGCUGGAGAGCGUGAGGAAGCCCAACAGGUGUGGGAGGAAGAAGAAGCAACCCACUGAUGGGGAAUUUGAAUUGCAAAGCACGGUCAAAAGUUUCAGGGAGGACUCCAAAUCUGCCGCCAUGUGGGACAGACCGGUGCGGAAGAACCGGGGACUCAAGAUGAAAAGGUACCUGUCGCAGUGGAGAAAGUCGGGCAAAGGCCAGGCCGCCAACAGCGGUCCCAGAAAGUUCACGCAGUCGCAGGUCGACCUCGAAGACAGAACGUGCAAAGUGUGUGGCAAGGUGGUGAGCCAGGCCAAGUUCCUCCAGCGACACAUGAGUCAGCACUCUGAAGAGCCACCCAUAGCUUGUUUUGCUUGUAAAAAGUUUUACAAAAGUUUGCGUUACUUGCAGCAGCACAGGUGUUCGACCUUAAAGGAAGCUGAGGCUGACGAAAAAGAACAAGAGGAGGAGGAGGAGGAGUUUGCAGGAGAUGAAGGUGAGAAAUCCUCCAGUGAGGUUCCAUGUGAGCCAAAUGAAGAGCAAGCAACCGACAGCAGCACUCAGGAUCCUGACUACUUCCCCUCAGGAGAAAGGUCCUCCAAGGGGUUGGAGCAGAGGAGCCCCGACGACAGCAAAAGCCUCCUGGAGGGUCCUUUCUACUGUCCUCACUGCAGCGUGGAGUUCAAGUGCAAGCAAACGUUCAGGUACCAUCUAAGAAACAUCUGCUACACCGAGCAGCAGGUGGAUCCCGAGAAGCCAGACGACGUCAAGCACUGUUUCCGGUGUGACGAGUGCGACAAGGCGUUCAAGUACAAGUCCACGCUGGACUCCCACAAACAGACGCACAACCCCCUGUACUGUGAAGUGUGCAUGAAGUUAGUGCGGGACUCGGACGCUCUGGCAAUGCACAAAGAAUCCCACACUCCGUUCCAGUGCAACUGCUGCGAGGAGAACUUCCCCGUGUUCAAAGCCCUUCACAAGCAUUACAUCGACGUCCACAACCCCACCGAGCCUUACACCUGCUCUCACUGUCAGACCACGUUUGCCAGUCUGAAGCGUUUCAUCCGGCAUGAAUGGAAACACACAGGCUACCAGCCCUUUCAGUGCACGCACUGCAGCAAGCGCUUCCGCUCCUACUCCGACUUGGUGGAGCACCAGAAGAAGCACACAAAAGCAUAUCCGUUUCUGUGUUGGGAAUGUGGGAAGAAGUUCCGGCACGGUGUCACCCUGACGAGGCACGUGCAACGUGUUCAUCACUCCGGGGAACCUGUGACCGAAAAACCCAACCCGAUCUUCACCUGCUCCCAGUGCGGGAAGACGUUCUCCUCCAGAAGGUGCCUUCUGAAACACGACAACUUCCACCACAAAGGGAUGCGUUUCCCGUGCGAGUUUUGCGGGAAGGGCUUCUUUGGCAAGGACGCGCUGGUCAGGCACACUUUGAUCCAUACCGGAGAGAGGCCUUUCAAGUGCGACGACUGCGACAAGUCGUUCAGGUCUGCUGCCGAGUUAAAAAUACACCGGAGAUAUCACACGGGAGAACGGCCGUUCAAGUGCAACAUCUGUGAAAAAGGCUUCGUUCAGUCUUGCUUUCUGACUCUACAUAUGCGGACCCACACUGGAGAGAGGCCCUAUGUUUGCACAGUGUGCAACAAGGGCUUUUCGAGCUUGCAUGGCCUGAAAAGACACAGGAGGCUCGUGCAUGGUUAACUCAUGUGAAACAUUCAAAUAAUCCAACAAACAGUUCUAUCCCCUUUUGAAAAAGUUAUGUCAAUGUUGUAAAUAGAAGUUAAAAAAAAAAAGCUAGUCAAACCUGGAGCAAGCUUUGGCACGAUGACUGAUGAGCAGAAAAACUAAACCAAGUUGUCCAGUAGCAUUUCCUUCCAUUGUCUCAGUGCUAAGUAUGAUUGCCACGAGCUUUGAUUGUUAGAAAAUGCUUAAUUGUAUUACCUUCUAAAAGUGUACCAUUGUAUUUUUACACGUUUGCUCUAGUUCUACAUAAGAUUUCUUUGUAUAAGUGAUUUAAAAAAUAAAUUCCUUUUAGGAAUUAAUUCAGUUGUUCUUGAAUAAAAUGUCCAACUUGACUGAUUCA